AACAACUGCCACUGAAAUCGCUCUGUCGGAGCUGCCUGGCAUUUCCCCGAUCCCUCCCCAUCUCUGCUUGGAAUAGAGGAGACCCGAGGAGCCGGCGGCUCUCACUCACUCACUCACUCCCUCACUCACUCAAGACUCGCUUAGAAUUAAUCACCGACUGCUUGAAGUCUUUCACUUGACGCAGUGAGGAGCUGCAGCUCUGUGCUCGGGCCGCGUCCAGCCCUUGGAUCUGUCUUUUAGAAGAAGCGUGAGGUUUUCGUAAGCAGCUGCUGGGGUGGAUUCACGUUGAUUGGUGUCCUGAUAAGGGACCUGCCCCAAGAGCUUUCAGAAGACCCCCUAGAAGGAGCCUUCAUGUCUGAAGCAGGUAAGUGUCUGAGACUGGGAUAAGAGCUGUGUGUGUUGUUGCUUCGCUGCCGCAGUGUAGAGCAGGUUCUUUGCUACAGCGCGUCCUGGAUGUAAUCGCUAUAGAUCCAGACUCGUCCGCUCUGGUCCAUCCCCCUUGCCCUUAUUAUAAGCUUUGCAGGGAAUCAUGUCUUUAAGCGACGCUCCGCUAAGGGCGACCCGACAGGCGCAAUCGCGCGCACAGACAUAGCGUUCUACCGCAAACUCUACGACCUGACAAUCAAUCCGAGUUCAAACGGUUAAUUUCCACCCACAUCUGGGGCUCCAUCUGUGAUAAGAGACAGGGAGGCAGAAUGUGAGAUGCAGCCUCGGAGAUGGAGGAGAGCGUCUGAAGGAAUCUGUAAGUCGCACCAUCAACAGGGAAACGGGGCUGUCUCCCCGGCGUCCUUGUGCGACUAGUGGCGCGACUUCACUCGGGAUCGCGAUGUCUGUGGCGUGAGACCAACGACUGGUGUACAAAUAUAUUUCUUCUGGCGUCUUGCCCAAGAUGGAGUUUCCAGUAAAAAUAUUUCCAGGAUUGAGAUGUUAAAGAGAAUAAAUUAUUUAUUUCCUGGAGCUGGAGACAAUGUUGAGGAGGGUUAUGUGCCUGUAAAGCCCUCAAAUCCUCAGUAGAUACAAAAACGAGAAAUUCAUGAACACGACAAGGAUCAAUGUUACUUUUAGGAAAAAGAUGUACGACUUCUAAUCCAAGAUUAGAAACAAAGGUUUGAUUACCUAUUUGGAAAUGUUGGCUGCAGUCUAAAAAAAAUGAAACAAUGCUAAUUUGCCAGCAGACGCCUAUUGAUGUGGAAACCAGCACUGGAAUUACUUAUUAAUCCCCAAACACCUAAUUUCUGGAGAUCGCCAACAUCAUUCCAUUAAGGGGCAUGUGUGAUUCCAAGAACCAGUGCAUGGACUAAGUGGAAAAUUAUAUAAAUGUCAUGAAAUGCACUGCAAGGGAAUAAAGCUGUCAUCUGUAGAGAUCACUUGGCCCAUAUGCCUAAAUCUUUUAUGGCUACAAAGUUUGCUAUAAACAUGCACAAAGAACGGGCUUCCAAAUGCCCUGAAGAGUAGACAAAGAACCUACUCAUCAAACGUCUUCCUAUUGAAAAAAAAAGACUGAGUAUCAGCUUCUCAUGUGCAAAGCACUUUUGGAUGGACAGAUGUGGAGAAAAGUAACAGGAGAGUUAAUCUCCCUUAUAUUGUAGUUGAUAUUUUUUUAAAAAGUAGAAUAUAAGAAAGGACUUCCAUCUCUAUGGCAGGUCACAAAGGAAUGGUGAUGCCAGCACUUUGUCUGUGGGUGCUUGCACUGUUUGCCCUCAUUUACACAGGUCAAGUACAGGCAGACUGUUGGUUGAUUGAAGGCGACAAAGGAUUUGUUUGGCUUGCUAUUUGCAGCCAGAACCAACCACCCUAUGAGGCUAUACCACAGCACAUUAACAGUACUAUAGUGGACUUGAGGCUCAAUGAGAAUAAAAUAAAAAGUGUUCAUUACUCAUCACUGAGCCGUUUUGGAAACUUGACGUACCUCAACCUCACCAAGAAUGAGGUUUCCUACAUUGAGGAUGGAGCUUUUGCAGGUCAGUUCAAUUUACAAGUACUCCAGCUUGGUUACAACAGAUUAAGAAAUCUCACUGAAGGAAUUUUAAGAGGACUGAACAAGUUGGAGUACCUCUACCUCCAGGCAAAUCAUAUUGAAAUUGUGACUCCUAAUGCCUUCUGGGAGUGCCCUAAUAUUAUGAAUAUUGACUUGUCUAUGAACCAAAUCCAGAGGCUAGACAGCAACACUUUUGCAAGCCUCAGCAAGCUGACUGUUUGUGAAUUGUAUAGUAACCCUUUUUAUUGUUCUUGUGAACUCUUAGGCUUCCUGAAGUGGCUGGAAAUAUUCACUAACAUGACCCGCACUUUUGACCGCAUGCAGUGCCAUUCUCCACCAGAUUAUAAUGGCUACUAUUUGUUGGGUCAAGGACAAACUAAAUACCGCAAUGCUCUUGGCAUGCUGUCUGCUCUCUGCACAGAUGGUUCAUAUACACUGAUGCCUCAUAUUAUAUCUCCUAAGUAUCAAGUUACCACUGGUCCGCCAGAUACUGGAUGUUCUGAAGAGGACUGCUAUUCUGGAGAUGGCACUACACCACUAAUUGAUGUGCAUACUCCAUCUAUCAAUUCUAAAUUCAGCCUCAAAGUUAACCUUAACACUGAGACACACACAGAUGCAGUUCUUGUGGCAGAGAUACCUUCUCCAUAUAGUAAGAUGUACAUCUUGGUCCAAUACAACAAUAGCUUCUUUACAGACAUCCAAAAACUUAAUUCUGAGAAAGAGUUCAUUAAGUUGGAGGGGUUAAAAGCCAAUACAAAUUAUACAUACUGUGUGGCAUCCAUUCGUAAUGCACUCAGGUUCAACCACACCUGCAUAGCCUUUUACACUCGCAGCCAUACCAAAACGGAAUCCGUGCCUACUCCAUCCACUGCCACACACUAUAUAAUGACUAUCCUUGGCUGUCUGUUUGGUAUGGUCAUAAUACUUGGUAUAGUGUAUUACUGCCUGCGUAAAAAACGUCAGAAGGAAGAAAAGCACAAAAAAUCAGGCGGUAGCAUGAAAAAAGCAAUCAUUGAGCUGAAGUAUGGUCCGGAAAUGGAGAACCCAAGCAUUACCCAGCUGUCCCAAGGGCAGAUGAUGAGUGCAGAAACAAUAGCCCGCAUUCAAUAUUUGCCUUCAGUUGGAGAAGUUGAGCAGUAUAAACUGAUAGAAACUAGUGAGACACCUAAAGCUACAAAGGGAAACUACAUGGAGGUACGAACUGGUGAACAGUCAGAGCGAAGAGACUGUGAUCUUUCCAUGCCAACAGACACACAGAGCUCUGUGGCAGAGAUAUCCACAAUUGCUAAAGAGGUGGACAAAGUUAACCAAAUUAUUAACAAUUGUAUAGAUGCCUUGAAAUCUGAGUCCACUUCCUUCCAGGGAGUUAAGUCAGGAGCCGUAUCUACAGCAGAGCCCCAGCUGGUACUAAUAUCUGAACAAAUCCCAAGCAAACAUGGAUUUCUGUCUCCAGUGUACAAGGAGAGCUACUCCCACCCACUGCAGCGACAUCAUAGUAUGGAAGGUCCUCCAAAACGCUCUAGCACCUCUUCCAGUGGUUCUAUCCGUAGCCCCAGAUCAUUUCGUUCAGAUGGCUCCGCUCACAAAUCUGAAGCAAAAUACAUUGAAAAGACCUCCCCGACUGCUGACACCAUCCUCACUGUGACACCAGCUGCUGCUAUAUUGAGAGCAGAAGCAGAGAAGAUUCGCCAGUAUACAGAGCAUCGACAUUCCUACCCUGGCUCACAUCAAAGUGAGCAACAGCAGCCAACUCAUAUUCCACACGACAACCUUGGAGGGCGUAAACCUUCCAUACUGGAACCUUUAACCCGUCCUCGACCCAGAGAGCUGGCAUAUUCCCAACUUUCCCCGCACUAUCACAAUUUGAGCUACACGUCCAGCCCAGAGUACACCUGCAAACCUUCCCACAGCAUCUGGGAGCGUUUCAAACUGCACCGCAAGCGCCACAAAGAGGAAGAGUAUAUGGCGGCCGGCCAUGCUUUGCGCAAAAAGGUCCAGUUUGCCAAAGAUGAGGAUCUCCAUGACAUCCUAGACUACUGGAAGGGCGUCUCUGCCCAGCACAAGUCCUGAGUCCUUUAACUCUUCCCUUUGCCUCCAGCUACUCGUGACUUGACUUACUUUCAUAACCCUUAACCCUGUACCAGCCAGAGAGGCCAGCAGAGCAUUCACUGUGGAAACACUCUGCAGGUCUCUUUAGCGGAAAAGAGGUUAACAGGACCAAAAUCAAACUAGCAGCAGCUAAUUUUUACUCAAAACUGUCUAUAAGAAUGAACAAGAAAUAUAUGAUUAUUAUAUAUCAUAUAGAAAAAAAAAUUGAAUUGCUUACAAAAAGAACUCACAAUUGUGAGCACAUGCACCAAAUUAAAAAAAUAAAAUACACGCUAAAACUGUGAAGAGGAGUUAAUUUUUUUAUAAACAAAAGAAGUGAAAAAAAGAUGUAAAAAGUCAGAUUUGGGAAGUGAUUUAAACUUUGUUCGCAUUAUCGCAUGUAAUUUCAUAAUCUGACUUGCGUGAUUUGACUUGUGUGAUAUUUUGUUUCUUUCCACCAUCACCACAGGAUGAAAAUGAACUUACAAAAGACAGUAACUUUUUUCUUUAUGUUGAUUUCUUAUUCAAUUGAGUCUUCCAGUGCAGACUUUGCCUAGAAGGAGGCUCUCAUAAAAACAUAUACAGCUGCAUUCAAAACUGUGAUCUCUAUAAUACUGUACAGAUAAAAAAAUUUCUAUAUUUGCAAUGUUUGCUGUAAAGAGAAAAAAAAUAUGAAAAAAUGCUAUACUUAUAUCUUAAAUCCUUUGGCAACUGGUGUGGCUUAUAGUGCAAAUCAUUGCAAGCCUCAUCUUGAAGUCAAAGGGCUAAAAGAAUUUAUCCUGUUUGUAUCAGGUUUUAAUCAUGGAUUUUAGAAUCAAACUGUUGUUUUUUUAUGAUUUCACUUUAUUUGGUUUUUAAAAAAGAAAAAUAAUUCUUUGCUUUUCCUGGGUUGGUUUACCUUUUUCUUCGUUUUAUGAUUGUCUUCUAGUUUUGAAUGGGAUGAACUACAAUGAGAAAUAGAGAAGACAACACUACUGAAAA